AUGACAACUUUUCAGGAUAAAGGAAAUUUGCCCGAUGCGAUACAAAAUGAUUGUAAAAAGUGCACGCAGACACAACGCGAGGGAGCGGAUCAAGUGAUGCACUACAUCAUAGACCACAGAUCUGCCGACUGGGGUAAAUUAGAGGAAAAGUACAAAUCCGACGGCACUUACAAGAAAAACUAUUUGGAAAGCAAAGAGAAGUCUGAAGUCAAGGAAACAUUGACGACUAAAGCGGAAGACCACAAGACCGAGAGCAAAACGUCGGCGGAGAACAACGAUCAGAUUUAAAACUAUAGAGGGUUCUUUUGUACGCAUUUCUUAACAUAACAAUUCUUUACAAAUACCGAAACAUAGCACUACAAAAGUGAACGCAAUCAUAUCUUGGGAACACAUGAUAAAAAAUAUCUGUUGAGAAAUUCUUAAAAUGCAUGCAGAAAAGCUGACUGCCAUAUAAAUCGUAAAUACUUUC